AUGACACGUACAAAUACAAAUUCUGAAUAUUCAUCAACUCGUCGAUCAUCUUCAUCAUUAUCAACUAUUAUUCCAUCAACAUCGAAUGAAUCGAAAGAUGUAAUUACUCAAAAUGAAUUAACAAUUCAAAAACUUUUACUUGAAUUACAAGAUGAUUUAAAGCAAACUAAAGAUCACUAUAAUAUAAGUCGUGAUGCAUGGCUUUCUAUACAACAACAAAUAACUUCAACAUCACCGAAUGAAAAUACAAAUUUACAAUCGUCAAAAACAAAUUUAACACAAGCACUUACGAAUGUACAAAAUGAAAUGAAUAUAUAUCGAACAGCUUUAGAAAAAAUAGCACAAGUUCGACAAUUACAAAUUGAAAUUGCGAAUGUUUCAAAAAAUCAUAAUGAUACGAAUCGAAGUCAUACAACACGACGAGGUUUAGCUGAUCUUCUUUCACAUAUGGCUUAUGCAUUAAAAAUUUGGUAUGGAAAUGAACAUAAUAGUUCAAGUAAAAAUAAUACUCCAUUACCACCACUUUGUGGUGCUAUACCAGCUGCAUCGAAUCAUGUAUGUCAUAUUAAUGAUCGUAUCGCAGGUUUUGUUGAAAGUGAUGAUGGUGAUGAAAAUUGGAUAUUAGCUGAAGUUGCUAAUAUACAUGCAACUAAAACCAAAUAUGAUAUUGUUGAUAUUGAUGCUGAACCAGGCAAAGGACGUUAUUAUAAUAUAAGUAAACGACAUAUUAUACCAUUACCACAAUGGCGUGCUUGUCCAUUAACAUGUCCACAAGCAUUAUUUCCUCCACGUACAAUUGUACUAGCACUUUAUCCUCAGACAUCAUGUUUUUAUAAAGGUGUUGUUGAAAGUACUCCACGAGUUGGUAAAGAUUGUUAUAGUAUUAUAUUUGAAGAUUCAUCUUAUAAUAGUGGUUAUUCACCUGAAUUCGAUGUUCCACAAAUGUUUGUUAUUGCUUAUAAAGAUGUAAAAAAAUAA